GGACAGAUUCCGUUGACAUUGCUGAGGGGGAGGAGGUGGAGGAGCACCGCUGUUACCAAAGCUUUUUUUUUUUUUUGACAGAAGGGAGCCACAGCAGGCUGGUGGUGGACCCGCUCCUCGACGCUGUGUUUCCGGACAACCGCGCAGUCAUGUAUCGGCGGCCGCUGCAGUCCGCCGUCCGGGGCCUGAUGAACGGGGCAGCGUCCCGGGCCACACACCGCAAGGCGCUGGAUCAAGAAGCCUGCUUGGCCCGAGCUUUAGUAGCUGGCCAACUGGCCAGAGUCUCCUCUCCCUGUUUACCGCCAUGUCGGACUCUGCACAUCACCACACAGCUCUGCAAUGUGAAGGAGACGCCCCAACACACAGAGGAAGAAGUCGGGGCCUUCACAAAGCUCAUCGAGGCCAUUGGCUUCACAGGACCGCUCAAAUACAACAAAUGGAAAAUCAAGAUUGCUGCCUUGCGUAUGUACACGUGCUGUGUAGAGAGAAUCAACUACGACGACUUCUUUGACAAGUGCUCCCUCUCCGACUCUCUCAACUCUUGGUUCUUGGUUGCACAGCUACAUGUAUGGAUGUGCUUGGUGAGGAUGCGUCAGGAGGGCAGAGCGGGCAAGUACAUGUGCCGUUACAUCGUGCACUCCAUGUGGGAGGAUGUCGAGCAGCGGAGCAAAAUCAUGGGGAUCGAUGCCAUACAUAGAAAGGAAGCAAUGAAAGCGAUGACGGAGACUUUCUAUGCUGCAAUAUUUGGAUAUGAUGAGGGAAUCCUGUCCGACGACUGUGUGCUGGCUGCAGCUCUGUGGAGAAACCUGUUCAAUCGUGAGUGUGAAGAUCCCGAACAGCUGGAGCUCAUGGUGGAGUACGUCCGCAAACAGAUGCAGUUCAUCGACGCUCUGGACGGGGAGGACCUGCUGCUGACCGGCGAGGUGAAGUGGCGCCCCCUGGUGGAGGAGAACGCACAGAGCAUCCUGAAGGUGGCCAGGCCCACGUACAACGACGCCGGACUGUGAGGCGAAGAGACGGACGGACUUCCUGGUUCCCCCUCCGACGACCUCUUCUCUCCCGCCUGCUCUCAUGUGUUGAUUUCCUUUUCCCGCCUGUUUCACCCUCCAUCUUGUUUGUUCCCUGUCGUCACAUAACGUGUCCCGCCCCCCUCCUCUCUCCUGUCCCGCAAGGUGGGAUUUUAAAUGUUACACUACGUCGUCUGCCGUUGUAGCUUUAUCGUCCUCUCCUUUAUUUUUUCUCCUCUUGAAUUCACAAAAUUCAACCCGUGUCUUCUCCUCCUCCUUUUCGUUCCUCCUCUCCUGAACGACUUGUCCAAUUAGAAGUCUGAUUCAGGAGGAGCAGCAUAAACAAAGUAGUCAGCUGGAAACAUCACCAUCACCAUCGUCGUCCCGCACUUCAAACUGAGAGAGAACAAGAUGCUCUGUAUUUAUAGUUUUCUUUUUUUCAUGAAUUCCAGUCGCACUGUAUUUAUGAAGUAUUUUUCUGUACCUCCAUGUUUACACCUUCCUCCUGCGGAGGUGUCGAGCAGGGACUUCUGCCACUGCUCCUUCACUGUGCGUCAAAUACAGUUUCAGGCUAAAUAGGUGACGUUAGGGGAUUUUUCAGUCUGACUCUGACGAUGCUCUCAGACCUGAGUAGGAAGCUGAGCCCUCAAACACUCGGACUUCAUCAUGUAUGUUUUUGUUUUGUUUGUUUUUAAAAGGUGAAAUAAUAAAAAUGUUCUCUGGA